AUGGUUAGCCAUACAAACCGUACACGUUGGGCGGAUAGAGUGAAGGAAGCCAGACUGCAGACACUGAUGACAGAGUUUGAUAGAUUGAAGAUGAAAGAUACAGAGUCAAUCGAUGAUUUCGCUGGAAGAUUGUCAGAGAUCUCAUCAAAGACCGCUGCCCUAGGGGAGGAGAUUGAAGACACGAAGCUUGUGAAAAAGUUUCUAAAGUGCUUACCUCGAAAGAAGUUUGUACACAUUGUUGCAUCGCUUGAGCAAGUGCUGGAUCUCAAAACUACAACCUUUGAAGAUAUCACGGGUCGACUUAAAGCGUUUGAAGAACGUGUUGCUGAGGAUCAGGACGAACAAGAGGAUCAAGCAAGCUAA